UGUCUCUGUCUGUGUCAUCGUCGCGUACAACGGGCGAUGAGAGGCGGCCACCUUGGUGCGGUGAAGUGACAUGCCUGUCUCGCGCGUCCAUGGACGGCUGUAGGUUCAGGCUGUUCCAGCCUGGGCCAUGCCGCCGUCAACUACGUAGCUCAGGGCCAUGGUCCGAAGAAUCGGUGGAGCCCACGGCACACAGUGGACUCGUCACGCCAAGAUCGCGUUCAUCCUCCUGGCGCUCUUCGACAACGCCAGGCUUAGCACAGCGUUGGCUCCUGCGCUCAUCUGUCAGCGUAUCCGUGGUUUAACGGCGGCGCAGCGUCGUUUCUGCGCCACGCGGCCUGACGUCAUGGUCGCUGUCGGAGAGGGCGCCCUCCUCGGACUGGCCGAAUGCCGGCGCCAGUUUCGCCACCGGCGCUGGAACUGCUCCGACACGGGCGCCUACGAGUCCGGCUUUGGACAACUCUUCACUGUCGGAAGCAGAGAAGCGGCCUUCGUUUACGCGAUAAGCUCGGCCGCGGUGACGUACGCCGUGACCAGGGCGUGCACCCGGGGCCAGCUAGCACGCUGCGGCUGCGACCGCACGCCGCACCAAGAACCCCAGUUGCGCACGCACUACGCGCACCGACUGAUCAGCCCCGCCGUGGAGGCACCGCCGGCAGAGCCGGUCACUUUUGCUCGCGGAGCUCAGUUCGUGCGAGAGUCGUGGUCGACGCCGCAGCCCGGAGGAUCCACCGGCGGCGUCAACCGGGCCACCCUGACCGCCGACGAGCUGCUGUCGUUGUCCACGCUGUCGGCCGGCGAUCCGAGCUGGAAGUGGGGCGGCUGCAGCGCGCACGUCAAGCGCGGCAUGCGCCUGGCGCGCAAGUUCCUCGACUCCCGCGAGGUGGAGACCGACGAGCGGGCCCUCAUGAACCUGCACAACAACCGGGCGGGCAGAAAGGCCGUGAAGUUCACUCUCCUUACGGAGUGCAAGUGUCACGGCGUCUCUGGCUCCUGCUCUCUUAAGACGUGCUGGAAGCGGUUACCCCAGUUCAGCUACAUCGGCGACUACCUGGUCGAACGGUACCGGCGCGCCAAGCGGACGCUUCCCUACUACGGUCGCUCCAGGGCAGCGUUGGACCCGAACCGGCGCAGGCCUGUACAUCUGAAGCUGCACGAGAAGCACUUGCGACCGCCUACGGUGACUGCGGCUCCGCCGGGCAGAAAAAAGAAGAGGAAGACGAAAAAGACGUCGUCUUCCAAGAGACGCGCGUCAUCAACGAGUGUCUUCUUCGAAGACGAACCGCAGGACUCGUACGAGCUGCCCUGGGCAGACGUCGUGGUGCGGCCCAAGCCGCGCGACCUGGUCUUCCUGGAGGACUCGCCGAACUAUUGCGUGCGCGACUUGGAGCGUGGCUCAUCCGGCACCGUGGGUCGCAUCUGCAACCGGACCUCGACGGGCCCCGACAGCUGCCGCUUUCUUUGCUGCGGUCGUGGAUUCGAGACCCACUAUCGAACCAGGACUCAGCAGUGUCACUGCAAGUUCCAUUGGUGCUGCUUUGUGCGGUGUCAGACGUGUGCGGAGAAAGUGCGCGAGAGUAUAUGCAAGUGACGUAUACGCAAGUGACGUGAAAGCACUGUCGUUGUGCGAACAAUUUUAACCAAGGUUGAAGGGGCCGGCUUUUCACCGAAUUGAUGGAAGCUAUCGACUCCUGCACUGCAUGGCACAAGGCAUUGUGUGUUAGAUGAAUCCUGGCCAGCACGUGUAGCAUGCUGUCUGCCUAGUAUAACACGUAGACUUGAUAGCUUGCUGCAGCUUCAGCUGAAGCACCCGUUGACUCAACCCAAACGACUGUGUGUUCAGUGAGUGGCUUUUUUCUUGGCUUGCAGUUGUAAUUGGAGUUUGCGUGUUUGGCUUUCGAGGAUGUUCGCAUGUUGACUGCGUAGUGUUUGCGCGACGUGUGCUUCAGAUCGUGGAAUUCUAGUUUCUACGUCCGCAUACAUUCCAUGGCACUGUCAUCGUUUUGGUAGACGCACAACACUUUCCGCGAACAUCGUGAUACAUUUACGGAGUCUUAUAGCCACACCCAGGGCAUGUUGGUACAACCACUGAGGCACGAAAUUAUCGCGCAUAUUUAAAAGCAUAUCAGAAAACAUUGCCCACUGUAUAGAGGCUUCGGGCUGGCGACUGUGGCAGCGGUUGCACCAAGAAGUACAGUAUAUAUAUUUUUCACACGCCUAUUUCGUUAGGCACUUAGCUCGGCUGCUUACUAAACAUCCCUGAAAAUAGACAUUUAGAGGACAUGUUUUGCGGUUGCUGGCGCAUUCAACUCUUGAAUAACUUGUGAACCCACUGCUUUCUAGAUGUGUAGCUUACCGCUGUUGUAGACUGUCCGCAUUCACGCACUCCGUAGACAGCAUGUGCGGUCUGCUCAUUGGAGUAUAACUGCCGAUGCCCGCAGUCAUCAUUCUAUUCAGAAGAGCCACAUUAGAUGUGAUAUUUGUUGUGUUCACUUUGUCUGCAACCGGCUGUUAUGUCUGAGAGAUGAUUGUGGUAAUUUCGAAGCGUUUUCGUGCCGCGGGCUCCCUAAUUGAACUAAAGAGGCUGAGCAAACAUUUUCUAUAUAUCUCCUCGUUGCGCUGUUUGCCGUUUAGUUGUGCGCGAAUGUAGCGGAGACAGCAACGGAGCCCGCCUUGAGCGCUGCGAGGACGAAGCGGAAAAGCCGCCCAACGUGCUAGGGAUAUUAGCGUCACGGUAUGUGGAUAUUGUCAUGUGACGACCGCGCACAAUUGAAGCCUAAUUGUGCUGCUUGAUUUGUCAAUGAUGGCGAGGUUUUACAAAAAAAAAUGCAUUUCGUUUAUGCCUAGAUCUGAUGUUUG